AUGGAUCGUUAUGAAAAAUUAACAAGAAUAGGAGAAGGUGCAUAUGGUGUUGUAUUUAAAUGUCGUCAUCGUGAUACUGGAGAUAUAGUUGCUAUUAAAAAAUUUACCGACUCUGAAGAAGAUCCAGUAAUACAUAGAAUCGCAAUGCGAGAAAUUCGUACAUUGAAACAAUUAAAACAUCCAAAUCUGAUCAAUUUAAUUGAAGUUUUCAAACGUAAACGCCGAUUGCAUUUGGUGUUUCAGUAUGUUGAUCAUACAUUAUUGCAUGAAUUGGAGAAACAUACGAAAGGGUUGGAUAGAUUACAAAUAAGAAAAUUAACAUAUCAAUUGUUACAAGCAGUGAAUUUCUGUCAUGCGCAUAAUUGCAUUCAUCGUGAUGUUAAACCAGAGAAUAUACUUAUUACAAAAUCUGGUCAGUUAAAGUUAUGUGAUUUUGGUUUUGCAAGAUUAUUAACUGGACCAGGUGAUGAAUAUACUGAUUAUGUGGCAACACGAUGGUAUAGAGCACCAGAAUUACUCGUUGGUGAUACACAAUAUGGUACACCAGUAGAUAUAUGGGCUAUUGGAUGUGUUGUUGCUGAAAUGUUGACUUCUCUACCAUUAUGGCCUGGUCGAUCAGAUUUAGAUCAGUUGCACUUGAUUACACAAACAUUGGGUGAUUUGGUACCACGUCACAGAGAAAUCUUUGAGAAAAAUUGUUUUUUUAAAGGUUAUAAAUUAAUUGUUCCUGAAAAUCGAAAAGAUUUGGGUGAGAAAUUCACUUCGUUACAACCGCCAAUUACUUCGAAAGAAUUAAAUUUUUUACAGAGCUGUUUAAGCAUGGAUCCUACAGAACGACUUAAUAGUGAGGCAUUAUUAAAACAUCCAUAUAUGGAAAUGCACGGAAGACACCCACAUUAUUAUCAUGGUGAAUUAAAACAAGUAUGUAGUUCAUGUGGAGAUGGUUAUAAUAAUCAUGGAAUGAAAAAAAAAGCUGAACGUAAUUUCAUUCAAAAUUCACAAAAUAAACCAGUUAUGAUUAAUCAAAUUAGUACUGGGACAAUGAUCCCAAGACGUAAAUAUCAACAACAGCAAAUUCCGCAACAAUCUACUGAUCGAAAUCAAACAACUGCUACACCACAAAAUGAGUCCAAUUCAAUUUCACCGACAUGUUUCCCUCCAACUAGUAGUAUUACACCAAGUUUUAAUGCUGGUCGAACAAAUUGGUUUGUUCCAGGAAUUGUUGGUCAAAGUCUAUAUAAUCCGUCGCAAAUAGGACUGCCUGCCCUGCCAACUAAUCCACAUUUACAACCAAUCCCAGUAACUACUACAUCUACACCAUCAAACAACAAUGCUCAAUCAAUGAUGAUGGUAACAGGUAAUCAGAAAUCUAAUUUAGGAUGGAAAUAUCCUAAAUCAAAUCAAAUGAUUAUGACAUCAACAAACAGUAACAAUUCGAUAUCAUAUUUCCCAAAUCCGGACAUUAAUAACAAUAAUAAUAAUAAUUCAUCAAAUAUAGACAAUGGGCAUAAUUCUAACGAUACAAACGUUGCACACAGUACACUUCAAUCAAAUUUGAUAGGAUUACACCUACCGAACAUAUAA